CCCGGUCCUUUAAAUUCAUCAGAACGGCUGCUGGUAGUUUAGGAGAGAGGAGGAAAAAUCCUAAUCAAAGCGGGCGAGGGAAGCGCAAAGGCGAAGCCCCGAGGAAAAGCGUCGUGUGAGGGAACCCAAACACCGCUUGGGCGAAGAAGACAGAUCCUCCCACCAUGUCAUCUGAUCAGACAUCUCAAUCUACAGUACCACCUCUCCACUCUCCAAAGUCACCUGUGUGGCCUAUUUUCCCAUUCAACAGAGAGGGAAGCCGGAUUUGUGAGAGGGGUAGUCACCUUCUUCGGGAUUUACCCAGCCCUCUUCCUACAAAAAGAACAAGGACUUACUCUGCGACGGCUCGUGCUUCUGCUGGUCCCAUCUACAAAGGUGUAUGUAAGCAGUUUUCCCGCUCCCAGGGCCAUGGCUUCAUCACUCCAGAGAGUGGCACAGAAGACAUAUUUGUACAUGUUUCUGACAUUGAGGGGGAAUAUGUCCCGGUAGAAGGAGAUGUGGUCACAUAUAAAAUCUGUCCCAUCCCACCAAAGAAUCAGAAGUUCCAGGCUGUGGAGGUGGUGCUCACUCAUUUAGCACCACAUACAAAGCAUGAGACAUGGUCAGGCCAAAUAAUUGGCUCAUAAACUACUUCCUGAGCCUGAAGGAAGUGGAAUUGAAUGAUAUGGUGGGUGGUGGAACUACUGGAGCAAUGAAAGAGCCAGGCUGGCAAUUUUUGUUUGCUAUGUGACAUGUUUGCAACUUUAUCUUGUCUUUUCUAAGAUCUACGGUAAUCUUAGUUUGUAAAUGUGCUUUUUUGUUAUAGAAGGGCAAGCAAGAAGUGGAAAAGUGUUGCUGGGUAGAUUUACACUUAAGUCAUGAAUUUCUGACUGUACCCAAUAGGACAAAAGAAAUCUACUAUCAAAGUAGUAUAUGUUGGCCACAGUGAUGUUUAUCUGGUUCUAUUCUAAACAAAUUAGUAAUGAAAUUAUCUAUUAUCCUAUCCCUUUAACAAAAAUUUCCCUUCCAUCUUCAGCAGAGGCUGUUGCAGUGUUAUCAUGCACCCUUCUCAGCCAGAACAGGCAUUCAGUGAAAUAGUAAUUUUCAGGGCACAGUUCUGUAUGGUCCAAACAUGGUGAAGCUCUCAUUCUUUCAGAGUUUUCUAAAUCACCUGCAGGAAUGCUUGAAGUUUGUUUUUUGUUUUUUGUGGUGUUGUGUGUAUUUCUUACAUGUAUAAUCAUAUGCAAAGAAAGAGCCUAUAGGUUUGCUCCUGCAUAUGGAUCACACUUCUCUACAUUUCUAUUUAUCUUUGGCUGAGUUUGAGAUCAAUGGCUUGGUCAUCACUUGUGUAUAUAAUUAUUGCUAUAGCUUCAAGUCUUCUUUCAAAAACACUUCAUGCACAGGGUCUGAAAUAAUUAUUCAGUAAUCCAAUAGAAUAUAACGCUAAGGAAGGAGCAUUGAUAAAGACAAAUUAAUAACUCACUGUGAAGUUUUGUUCAGAUAUGUCUAAAAUGGGUGGAGGGAUUUUUUUGGUCUUAUAAAAGAUAUUAUUAUUACCUUACCAAAAUCAGGAUCUUCUGCUUGUUGUCAUGCAAAGGAGUCAGUAAAUUUUGCAAAUAAUUCUUUGCUGGAGGUAGCUGAAGGAACUUUUCUAAAUAUUAAUCUCAAAUUAUUUUUUCCCAUGCACACUACAGUGGUUUGUCCCAGGUAGCCUGAACUGUAGCAGUAUCUUGCUUCCAGACUGUUGUGAUAUACAUUUAGAUUAUACCUAAAAAUAACUUUUCUUAUUGUUCCUCUUAAUUGUAAACUAAGUUGCAUCUGUUUUUUAAAAGGGUAGCAAAAUGUAAUAGAGGAAUGGUAAUAUAUGAUUUCCCAUUAAUUGCAAUUAAAAAGUAUGUGUCCAAGGGUAUUCUAGAAUUCAGCCUCUACUGAGAUGUGUUAUUUUGUUGACAUUGUACUUUUCAUAUAAAGUGUUAAGUAUUGCCCAUGAUUGCAUUUGUGUCUACUAAAAGUAAUACAUAAUAAUAAAAUCCCCUGCAGAUGAAGCUUUCUUUGUUAGAAGAUUAUAUUAUUAUUAACAUUAAAAGGGACUAGAAUGGUCUUCUUAACAUAGUGUCUCCAGAUGUUACUGCGAGGUGCAGUUCCAACUCGUUUGGUCUGUAUUAUGCUAGGAAAAUCUGAAAUAAAAUCACCAGGAAGCAUCUGUUUUAUCCUCUUAUAUUAUGAAUGAUAGUUUCUGGCCAUGAAGAUCUGCUUGAAAAAUUAUUAUUUAUUACACUUUCACAGAUGUAGGUUUCAGUAUUAUCUGCAUGUAAUUGCAUUUCUGACUACUUUUCACAACACAUUUCCUCAGAAUUGAUGUUUAGGCUAAUUCUCCCAUUCUCCCUUCUGUUGUCCAAACUUCAACAUUUUAAUGAUUAUCCUCAAUGUGACUGGAGAAUGAGGAUUAUGUGUAGAAGAUAUGAAGAAAUGUUUAUCAGAGGUAAGAUUAAUGGGUAGUAUUAAAUAAAUGGUAUCUAGUAAUAUUGUCCUUCAGUUGUUCCAAUUCUAUCCAGUCUUUUCCCUAACAUCUUAAUUGCCCAGGUUACACAGGGUCUUGUUUAAAAGCACAAUAUUGAUUUAGAUGCAUUAAGAAGAGUUUCCCAAAAUACCAUGUACAUUCUCAGAACUUGCAUGGAAUUGUCAGGCAGUCUAAACUGUAUGGUCUGCUGAGUUAAAAGCAUAUGGGCAGUGCCACACUGAAGUUGCAUGAUCUUGGAGAGAAAAGAUGUACAUGGAUAGUAACAUUUAAAAUUAAUGCAUGGAAGCAAGCACUAUACUUCUAGGAAUUAGUGGGUGGGUGUAUAAGUAAAUGAAGUAAGUAAGAAUGUGAGAGAUGGGGAUUUAGUGAAGCGUUCUUGAAUGAAAUGAAGUCUGAAAAUAGAGCCUAUAACAUAAUGGUACUGCAGUAUGCUGGAAUAAAACUGGUGUCUAUAAAAUAUCUGCUUUUUGUAUUUGGGAUGUAUUUCCAGUGUCCUUAAUGAGUGAGUGUGUGUGUGUGUGUGUGUGUGUGUGUGUGUGUGAAUGUCUGUCCAACAUACUUUUACUGUUCUUAUUUGUGGGAUUUCAGCCCGUUUGAUACUUUAUAAACUUGCACUUAGAUGUGAGAUGAGAUGGGGAGGGUUCAGGAUAGGCUGUUGCUCUGUAGAAAUAGUUAUUUGAAAACAGCCUAAUUUUCAUAUUUAGUUUUCAAGGGGGACACCCCACACAGAUAGUUUAGUUCUACAGUAUACUGCCAACCUAGAUUUAUGGCAAAUUUCAUGCAAGGUAGCAAGAGGGUGUGGAGUACUCUAUUUAUAUUUCAACCCAAAAAAUUAAAGAGAAAGCCCUCAUAGCCAUAAGGAUUUGGGGACUUCCAAAUGAUACCAGAAUUAGCUGUAAGGAUGCCAAUCUAAUGCAGUGUUUUUCAAACUUGGCAACUCUAAUAUGUGUAAUUCAUACUCCAAAUUUCCAUAGCCAGUCUGGGGAAUUCUGGGACCUGAAGUCCAUAUAUUAAAGUUGCCAAGUUUGAAGAACAUUGGUAUAAUGCAACCUUUCCCAAAUUAAUUCCCUUCUGAUUUGCUAGGGCCACAACUCCUGGAAAGCCAUAUUGUGUGGAAAUUCUGGGAACUGCCACUUUAAUACACUUGGAUGGUGCAAGGUAGAGAAGGCUUUCAUACAGUUUUUUCUUGAAUGGAUGUUACAUUACAGCCAAGUUUUUAAAAUAUUCUCCCUUAAACCCGAUGUGGGUAGAAAUGGAGUGCAACUUAGUUCUUCCGGAAUUUGUUUCUGUAUAUAGGGAACCUGAAAUAAAACGGUACCCUAACAUUCCCCACCCCGUUCCCAAUAUGCUGUUAAUUAACAUAUUCCAAGAAGUCUGUGUGGAUUUAUUACAACUGUGUUUGUGUUAAGAAAUAAAUUCUUUCCAAGCAAAGCUAUAAAAAAGUUGGUUAAGGUCAUUUUGUGGAACAUUUUUGUUCCCUUGUUCCUGAAAUGUCUGUCCUCAUUAUGCCAGUGACUAAUUACAGGAAUAUUCUGCCUCCUUCAAUUAAAAAUCCAAAUAAAACAUUCCCAAUGGUCUAUUUUGAAAGAAAUCUCCAUACUUGCAGGAGAAAAUGGAGUAUAUUGAUUUUGAAAGAAAUUAUCAUUCAUCUAUAUAUAUAGAGGGAGAGUUUUUCUGAACUUGUCCUUGAGAUGCAGCAGCUUCUCUUAAAUCCAAUGAAGUGAAGAUCUGAAGGAGGCCACUUUCCUUUUGCUUUAUGAGACGUGCUUCCUGUGACAGUCAGAGGAACUUCCUGCUCAUAUGUAAUACCAGCAGCUUCAAGCCUAUCCCUCCUUGAUGGUGCAAUACCAGUGGGGGGUACCACAAAACUGUGACUUCUCUCUAAGAAUGCUUUCAAUUCUUUCUGAAAUAACCUUGUUAUCUAUGUGUCUGUGUUCUAACAACUUUUUGUGUGGUUCUUGCCUCUUUAACCCCAUGUUGAUCUUUGUAACACUGGCAAUAAAUAAUUAAAUUGACUUUC